AUGCAAAUCAGUGACGCCCGACGGACGGAUGCAGGGAGAUAUUUCUUUACCUUCGAGAAAGGCCUGUGUGAACACACUUACCACUCCAAUUCCGAUGGCUCUGACCCUGCGCUCACGAUCUCCGUGCCAGGGCUGACGGAGGAGCCAGAGAUCCAGAUCUCGCCAGCGCGGGGGCUGCCAGGGAUGCUGCUGGCCGGGGAGCCGGUGACUGUGACCUGCACGGCCCCUGGGCGCUGCUCCGGGCCCCCUGCCCGAGUCACCUGGAUGGGGCCGUUCAACGACACAGCCCGGAACGUCUCAGCCCAGCUGGCGAACGGCACCUGGGCCCACAGCUCCGCGCUCAGCUUCACGCCCGGCCUGGGGGACCACGGCAAAGAGCUCGUCUGCAGCGUCACCUACAGGCCACCACAGGGACCUUCCACCCGCAGAACCAUCCGGCUCCACGUCGGCUACCCAACCAGGCCCCCCAACACGACAUGUAACCAGACCAGCAACGGACGCCCCGGUUCAGAGGAGACUGUCAAGCGGGUGAUCAUCGGGAUGGUCUGUGGGCUGGUGGUCCUCAUUGGCUUACUCCUUCUUGGGCUCUAUGUGAUCAAACUGCGGGGCCGGGCGCCGGCGUCCCCCAGCCCCGAGGUCGGGGAGACAGCCAACGAGGCCAGCGUGAUCUACAGUACCGUCACCAGCAUCCCCAUGCAUCACAAGACUCCAGCCGCCCGCCGGACCAAAGGCAUCCAGGACGGGACUGCAGCAGCACAGGCCCCACUAGGCCCCGGGAAGCCGGAAGAGCUGCACUACGCCUCCGUCGAAUUCUCCAAGCUGCAGCGCAAAGGGGGGGAGCCUUCAGAGGCCCCAGGCACGGAAUAUUGCGAGGUCUGGCGCAAAUAG